UCCCCUUCCCCCUCUGUCUCAAUCUGCCCGAAACGGUUAUUUGAAAUGAGAGAAGAAAGACAGGAAAUGAAACCAAUGUAGAACAGCGAGAACAACGUAGGAAAGAGAAUAUACGAGGGAAAAUUUCCGCUUUGCCUGGAAACAUAAGAAAUCUUUGAAAUUGUGCAUUUUGAUUCUCUGACUCCCUGUUUCGGGAUCAGAGGAUCACACCCAUCUUCCCCCAAAUUCCAUAACCACUCUCCAUCUUUUCUAAUGCAGCGUUUGGAUGCUGAAAUUCUGUAAGGAUAAGAAAAGAAGAGAAAGUUGAGGAAUCUGGAGAAAGAAGAGAAGUUUUGGGUGUGGGCUUUUGGAGUCUGGUAGAAAUAGAUUGAAGUCGGAGGAGGAGGAGGGUCGGUUUUUUGUUGUAAAUUGGAGUUUUGUAUAGAAAAGGUGAAGAAAGGUUGAAGCUUUUGGUGAUUAUCUGGGAAUUAAUGCAUGGGUAUGGCUGUCCAGGAGAGGAACAUGGAAGGGUGGCUUUACCUCAUACGCUCGAACAGGUUUGGGCUGCAGUAUUCGCGUAAGAGGUAUUUCAUUCUUGAAGAUAACCGCCUUAAGACCUUUAAAUCAAUCCCCAGUUCUGGAAAAGAGGAGCCAGUGAGAAGUGCAAUAAUAGACUCCUGCAUCCGUGUCAUAGACAAUGGAAGAGAAAGCUACCACAGAAAAGUGUUCUUUGUUUUCACCUUGUAUAAUGCUUCUAACCACAAUGAUCAGCUUAAGUUGGGGGCAAGCAGUCCAGAAGAGGCUGGUAGGUGGAUCCAUAAUUUACAAGAUGCUGCUGUGAACCCAGAAAAAAAUUCAAUGUCUUCAAGAAGAAAGUGGCAACCUUUCAGAUUGAGUGUUUUAAAGAGGAGGAAACAUAAAAAACCUGUUGACCUUAUUUCUGUAUCGUCAAUACCUGAGGAUGAAUUGACAUCUGACGUUAUCGCUCCAUCUCCAUGGAAGAUAUUUGGCUGCCAAAAUGGUUUGCGCCUAUUCAAAGAAGGAAAAGACAAAGAUUCAAACGGGAAGCAUUGGCGUGAUCAUUCAUCAAUUAUGGCUGUUGGAGUAAUCGAUGAAACUUCAGAAGCUGUGUUCAGAACACUAAUGUCUCUUGGUCCCUCAAGAUCAGAAUGGGACUUCUGUUUUGAUCGGGGCAGCGUUAUUGAGCACCUUGAUGGACAUACAGAUAUUAUUCACCUUCAACUAUACAACCAUUGGCUACCAUGGGGGAUGAACAGAAGGGAUCUGCUACUGAGACGAUACUGGAGAAGAGAGGACGAUGGCACAUAUGUAAUUCUUUACCACUCUGUUGUCCACCAAAAGUGUCCACCGCAAAAGGACUAUAUCCGUGCUUGCCUUAAAAGCGGUGGACAUGUGAUAACUCCAAUUAAACUAGGCAAAGCAUCUGUUGUGAAACACAUGCUUGCGGUUGAUUGGAAAUGCUGGAAAUCCCAUCUUAAGCAAGCAAGUUCAAGAUCCAUAACCAUUCGCAUGCUCGGGGUAGUUGCAGCAUUGAGAGAGAUGUUUAGAGCAAAAGAAGGAAACCAUUCUUCAAACUUGUCAUUUUCAUUAGCAGAAAUGACUAUAGAUAUUGAAGCGCCUAUUGGUGAAGAGGAACGAAGAGAAGAAGGUGCAGUUGAUCCUACAAGGUGUGAAGAUGGAAUGGAGGAGCUUCUUUCGGAGCCCUCAAGUCUUGUAGGACUGGAAUCAGCGUGUGACGAGUUUUAUGAUGUUCUUGAGCCUUCAGAUGAUGACGAUGAAGAAGGAGAAGGGUGGUCUUCAGCUACAAGUCCAGAAUUUUGUGUGGAUGCAAACCAACAAAAAAUAUCGUCAGCUACAACUUUGAUGAAAAAAUUUCAUGAUCUUGCAGUUCAGAAAAAGGGUUAUGUCGACUUACAAGAAGUGGACUCAGAAGAAAGCGAACCAUGCUGCUAUGGAGGCACUCUUCAACAAGACUCAAACUAUAGCACGCCUUGCAGUUGGGCAGGCGGUGAUCCUUCGUCUUUCUUAAUCCGAGGAAAGAAGUAUAAGAAAGACCACGAAAAGAUAAAGGCGAAAAACACUUUGAUGCAAAUGGUUGCUGCAGAUUGGCUAAAAUCAGACAGGCGCCAAGAUGAUCUUGCUGGUCGCCCGGGAGGCAUAGUUCAGAAACAUGCAGCUGAUGAUAGACCGGAGUUCUUUUUAAUCGUUAACAUUCAGGUUCCAGGAUCAACUACAUAUAGCCUCGCUCUAUAUUAUAUGUUGAAAGCUCCUUUGGAAGAUACUCCUUUGCUCGAGCGUUUUGUCAAUGGAGACGAUGCAUUUAGGAAUUCGAGGUUUAAGCUCAUACCAUACAUUUCUAAGGGGUCGUGGAUAGUGAAACAAAGCGUUGGUAAGAAGGCUUGCUUGAUCGGUCAGGCGCUUGAAGUGAACUAUUUCAAGGGCAAGAACUACUUAGAGCUUGAUGUUGAUGUUGGAUCAUCCACAGUUGCAAGGGGGGUUGUUAACCUUGUUUUGGGGUACUUGAACAACCUUGUCAUAGAAAUGGCAUUCUUAAUACAGGGUAACACACCAGAAGAGCUGCCAGAGUUCCUGCUGGGAACGUGUCGUCUCAAUCAUUUAGACGUUUCGAAAUCUGUUUCCAAUGAUGAACUUGGCACCAGAUAGAUCAUAUAUAGAUGAAGGAUAUUCUUUCACAGACAUUAUUGAUCAGGACAAUCCUGCAACCUAAGAGAGAUGCCUAUAUAUAUGUCUGUCUGUGGUGUAUGUAUGUAUAGUUGUAUAGGCAUUCUUUGCCUCCAAGAUGAUUGAAUUUUGGAGUGUAUAAUUUCUUUUUAUUUUGUAGUGAGGGGGUGAGAAGCUGCCCAGAUUGUAAAGAGAUAAUGCUUUGUUCGAUGUGUUGUGUCUCAUGUCGAAACAUAAAAACGUUCACCUAUAAGAG